UAAAGGCUAAAACCCCUUCAACGCUGAUUGCUCGGGACUUGGGAUAUUUUCUCUAAUGGCGUCUAGAUGUCGAUCGAUCUCAAGACCUGCUAUUAACUUCCUGAAAUCGGCCAUGAACAAACCCAGCAGCAAACCCAUUCCUUCAACGCGAAGUCGUUUCUUGUCUCCAACCUUUCCAAGGUCACCUUCUGAGAUGGGUGGUGUCCUAUCUCUUCUUCCCUUUCACAGCGCAGUUUCUUCGGCCCGUCUCACAUCGUGUCUUGGCACUGACUUGAGUAGUUCGAGAUCCCGGUCUCAGGGUAUGCUUCGCCGUGCAAAUCCUGGAGUUUGAUCUCCUUUUUUAUCUUCGUAUGUAAUUAGGUCUCAGCGUGCCAAGAUAAAGAGAUCGAAGUUAAAAAGUCAAUGGUUGGAUGGAGAUUGGUCCAAGGUAGAGGAAGAAGAGAGGAAAAAACUUGGAAUCAUUAUCUGAUCAACAACUCUGUAAUAGAGAAAUAAUUUUUCAGCAUAUGGAGUUCCAGAUUUUCUGGAAUACUGUUCUCUUGUCAUUGAUGAAACUCCCUCCCGUUGGAUUCAGAUAUUUUUUGUUCCCUUUUUCUUUACCCCUCCCCUUCUUCUGAUUGAUUUUCCUUUCUGUUGAAGUAAAUGCUACAGCUUUGAAUUGUUUGAGUAAAUUUUCUUAGAGUUUUCAAUUAAAGUUAUCGAUCAAUGGAAGUAACAUCAUUCAAU